AUGGCCGCCGCCGCCGCCGCUGCGUCACACAGGUGCGCCCCGCCCGCCUACGUCACACAGCCGUCGCCUCUCCCCCUCCGCCGCGUCCCGAGCGAUGGCGGCGAACCGGUUGGGGCGGCGGCAGGGCCGGGGGGGGCCUCCCCCGGCGCCCGUCGCCCGCAGCCCCCCGCCCGCAGCCCCGGGCUCCAGCGGCGACCCGCCCGGGUGACCGUCAAGUACAACCGGCGGGAGCUGCAGCGGCGGCUGGACACCGAGCAGUGGAUCGACGGGCGGCUGGAGGAGCUCUACCGGGGGCGGGAGGGGGAGAUGCCGGAUGAGGUGAACAUCGACGAACUGCUGGAGCUGGAGACGGACGAGGAGCGAACCCAGAAGCUGCAGGGCCUCCUGAAGUCGUGCACCGCCGACACUGAGGAUUUCAUCCAGCAGCUCCUCACCCAACUCAAGGGGCUCCCGAAACAACAAGUCCUCCAGCGCGCCAGCCCGGAGGACCCCAACCCGCCCCCCCCGUGA